AUGCCAUUGAAACAAGAAUCAUCAUCAUCAUCUGCUGCAAAAGCAGCAAGAGAUAAUCAUGCGAAUCAAUGCAAUCCAAAACAUUCCGAAUAUCGGGGUUAUCAACCGGGUUAUACAGGAAAGGGUACUAAAGCUGAUUUAGACAAUCAUGCAAAACAAUUAAAUCCACAAUAUUCAAACAAUCGAGCUGGUGAAUCGAAAUAA